AUGCCUGUUAGAAGGGGGCAUGUGGCCCCACCCAAUAUUUUUAUUGAUACAAUCAUCAGGAAAUUUGAUGGCCAAAAUCGUAAUUUUGUGAUAGCCAAUGCCCAGGUGGAAACACUACCAAUCAUCUUCUGUAACGAUGGUUUCUGUGAGCUGACUGGAUGUUCCAGGGCAGAGGUAAUGCAAAAGUCAUCAUUAUGUGACUUUAUGCAUGGUCCUCUCACCUCUGCCCUGGCUAUACUACAGAUUAAAGAGGCCCUACAAGGGAGUGAAGAGAAACAGGUGGAUAUAUUGUAUUACAAGAAAGAUGGUACCAAAUUUCUAUGUAGUGAAUUGAUUGCCCCUGUUAAAAAUGCCCACGGUGAAAUUAUUAUGUUUAUUAUUAACUAUGAAGAUAUAUCCGACCAAGCACCUAUUAGCAAUAAAACAGAAAUUAAAAAUAUGAAAAAUAUGAAUUUUAUUAAUACUGCAUCCAGUGAUUCUGAGUUGGCAAAACACAGAGCCAAACAGUUUACAGACAGUAUCAGCAAUAUAGCUAGUGACAGUGUGAAGAAAACACCAGAUAAAGAUGGAGUUCUUCCAACAGCCAAAGGUCUUCUAUUGCCAAACAUGCAGAAUAUGAAGCAGAAUGUGUCUGAUAAAGUAGCACAAGUGCUGUCCCUGGGGGCUGAUGUUAUGCCAGAAUAUAAACUUCAGUCUCAACGAAUUCAUCAAUGUACAAUCCUCCAUUAUUCGCCAUUUAAAGCUGUGUGGGACUGGAUAAUCUUGUUACUUGUGAUCUAUACAGCAAUAUUUACACCCUAUGCUGCAGCAUUUCUAUUAAGUGAGGAGAAAAAGUCUCUUACCCGAGAAACAGCAGAGAGUCGUUACUCGGAUCCUAUGACAAUAAUAGAUUUAAUAGUGGAUAUAAUGUUUAUAAUAGAUAUAUUUAUUAAUUUUCGAACUACCUAUAUCAAUAAAAAUGAUGAAGUUGUGAGCCAUCCAGGAAAAAUAGCUGUACAUUAUUUUAAAGGAUGGUUUCUGAUUGAUGUUGUGGCAGCCAUUCCUUUUGAUCUCCUUUUGUUUGGAUCAGAAACUGAUGAGACCACCACUUUAAUUGGGUUAUUAAAAACAGCACGCUUAUUACGAUUGGUGCGAGUGGCACGAAAAUUAGAUCGUUACUCGGAAUAUGGUGCUGCUGUUUUACUGUUAUCAAUGGCAACUUUUGCUCUCAUUGCUCAUUGGUUAGCUUGUAUAUGGUAUGCAAUAGGAAAUGUGGAAAGACCUUAUUUAAAGGAACCAAAGAUUGGUUGGCUAGAUGAACUAGCUCGACAGACACACCAGUUUUAUUUACCUAAUGACACUAACAGUGGACCAACAGUCAAAUCAAAAUAUGUUACUGCUUUAUAUUUUACAUUCAGUAGUUUAACAAGUGUGGGAUUUGGAAAUGUGUCUCCUAAUACCAACUCUGAAAAAAUCUUUUCUAUACUCAUUAUGUUGAUAGGAUCUCUUAUGUAUGCAAGUAUUUUUGGUAACGUGAGUGCUAUUAUACAGAGGUUGUAUUCCGGUACCGCAAGAUAUCAUACUCAAAUGUUACGAAUUAAAGAAUUUAUCCGUUUUCACCAAAUUCCCAAUCCUUUAAGACAACGAUUAGAAGAGUACUUCCAACAUGCCUGGUCUUAUACUAAUGGAAUAGAUAUGAAUCAGGUAUUAAAAAGUUUUCCUGAAUGUUUGCAAGCUGAUAUUUGCCUCCAUCUAAAUCGUAAUUUACUGAAUAAUUGUCCAGCUUUCAAAGGUAAGAGUAAUGUAUGCUUUGAUUAUGUUCUGUGA